AUGGCGGACAAACCGGCAAACCCCGUGACUACGCUCCAAGUCGCUACAGACCAACAGCCUGAAAGCGACGACAAGUCUCUAAGCGAUAUCCGGAGAUCGAUGAAGAGCGACGGACAGGGCUUGAGUGCGUUGGGCCUCGAUGGUGUGCUCCGUACUUUUGACGCUGAACGCAAUGUUCUCGACGCGGUUGGCCUUAACCCAGCCCAGAUUAGAGAAUACUACGAUGGGCUGCCGCUUCCCCCGAGACUGCGUACCGCCGACGGCCGCAACGUGUCCCGUUGGGACAUGUUCCACCCCGAUGCGGAGAAUGUUCCGAAGAUAUUUACGGAGGAGGAGAAAGCUAGAAUGCUGGCACAUAACGAGGAGAUGGCAAAGCGUGGAGUCACAUGUGCAACCUGUGUUCCAGGCAAGUCAGCAGACGAGGGGGGGUCGAAAGCUUAG